AUGAUGCCGAUAGAUACACAACAACAACAAAGAUACAACGCUCGUCGCCGGGCCCCCCCCAGCUCUCCUUCAUCAGCAACAACAGCAACAUCCAGCAGCAGCAGCAGCAGCAUCAGCAGCAGCAGCAGCAGCAGCAGCAGCGCGGAUGAUGAGGGUAGCGACAGCGGCGAUGAAUUAGUCCCCUUGCGGGUUGCAACCAUUCAAGCCCCAAGAACAUACAUGACGGUGGGUUCAGGUACACUGGAGAAAGCGCCAGAGGCGUGGCAGAUGAAGUUCUUUACUCGCGUUGAUGCCGACCCCAACAACCCCCAAGACGAUAAAAAAAACACAAAACAAAAACUGCAGCGUGUGUUUAUACACCCUACAUCUGUGAACUUCAAGACAUGCGAGUUCGAUACCCAGUGGGUGGCAUUCAGCGAGAAGAUGCAAACCACAAAAGUUUUUAUAAAGGAUGUUUCUACUGUCUCCGUUUUUGCCCUGCUGCUGCUCUCCUUUGCUGCUGCUUCUGUUGCCGUUGCUGCUCUUGUUGCUUCUGUUGUUGCUGCUGCUGUUGCUGCUGCUAUUGCUGCUGCAGUUGUUGCUUGUUGUGAGUUGGUUCCCUCACAAGGCCAAGGGUCUGUGUGGCUGGACGGGUGGCUGCAGCUGCGGUGCCCGGGCCUCAUCAGCAGCUACGUGAAGCACCUGAAGGUUUUGUUUCAUUUUUUUCUCAAUGAGUUUUAUUCUCUAUCAGCUGCAGCACUAGCACACAAAGAUAAUACAACUGAGUACCAGCAGCAGCAGCAGCAGCAGCAGCAGCAGCAGCAGCAGCAGCGGGAGGGGGAGGAGGGGGAGGUGUACGUUGCUAGCAGCAGCAGCAACAGCAGCAGCAACAGCAACAGCAGCAGCAGCAGCAACAGCAGCAGUAGCAGCAACAGCAGCGGCAGCAGCAACAGCAGCAGCAGCAACAGCAGCAGCAGCAACAGCAGCAGCAGCAACAGCAGCAGCAGCAGCAACAACAGCAGCAGGUAUAGCAGCAGCAGCACUCGCAGUUGA